UGUAUCAAAAUUAUGCACUUGCUGGGCAAUUGAAGCCAAAGUAUUAAAACUUGCAUUUUCACUUUCUAUGACAACAAAUAGUUAUCAAGAAUUGCAAGAAUUACUUGAAAAAGAAUGCAAAAUCUUGUUAGAAGUAAGUAAUCAAAGUUUAAUGUUAAUCGAUUUAAAUACUCUAAAUUUGAAUACGUUCAGAAAGAAUGUUAAUUUCAGAGUAUUUUACAUCUGA